AUGGCCGGCGACGCCGCCAACACGCCUUCACGGGCGGCCGAGCCAAAGGCCUCCCCUCGGACCCCGCGGCCCGUGCUCCUGGAACCCCGCGCAGCACGGUGCGCCUGGAACCCCGCGCGGCACGGUGCGCUCGGACCCCGCGCUCCCCGCGGCCCGUGCGCCUGGAACCCCGCGCAGCACGGUGCGCCUGGAACCCCGCGCGGCACGGUGCGCUCGGACCCCGCGCUCCCCGCGGCCCGUGCGCCUGGAACCCCGCAAGCCCCGCGUCCUCGCGGCCGCCUCGGACCCCGCGUUCCCGGCCGCAGUUCUCCGGCCCGAAACCCCAGCGGGACCCCGGAAAGCCCGCCCCUUCCGCCGGCGCUCGCCACGGCCCGCCGCGCACCCGGAGGCCCGCCCUCCCGGACGGUGUGCAGGAGGGACAAACUCCGGCGGCCGAGCCUGCGCGCUCCUUCCGUUGGACGCGCGGCUGCCGAUCCCCCGCCUCUGGAAGCAGACACCUCUGAUGGAAAGUUAGCAAGCAUGUCGGAAUCGGAUGUCCUCGGCAUCGGAGAUGCUCCCCAGCGCCUGACGGGCUCGGAGGAGCUGACGCCCUCGGGUUCUCCCAUGUGUGUCCAGUCCGUCAGCAGCGUAUCCGAUUUGCCGCAGAAUGAAGGAAUCUCCAUACAUGGAGAAAGGGAAAAUGAGUCUAAAUUCCCAUUGCAUGAAGCUUUUUAUAGCACCGUGCGUGACCUGCUGCAUGGCAGUUACCUUGGAGGCUGCUCCCAGAAUGUGCAAAUUCAUCCCGUGCACACCAGCCAUCUUCCCCUGGGGCCCCUCUGUGAGGCUCACUGGGCAGAGGUGUUUCGUGAUAAAACAAUAGCGCCUCAGCAUCUGACAGAAGGCUUCUAUGAGGUAGAGACGCCAGAGCCACAAAACCUGGGGUGUAGUUAUGUAGAAGACAUUUACAUAAAGCAGGAUGCAUUGGAGCAAGAAGACCCCGAAGAAACUAGCAUUUCAACAAAGAAUGAUGCAUUUCUUAAUGAAUGUGCCAGACAAUCUCCCAGCAGCCCAGCUCUCGUCUGCUGCGAUGAAGAAUCAUGGAGCUUCACAGAACAGUCCCUGGCGGGUUGUGCUGCCAGGGAGUCGGCCCUCCGUCCGGCCCUGGGACAGUCUGUGCCGGGCUGUGCUGCCAGGGAGUCGGCCCUCCGUCCGGCCCUGGGACAGUCCGUGCCGGGCUGUGCUGCCAGGGAGUCGGCCCUCCGUCCGGCCCCGGGACAGUCCGUGCCGGGCUGUGCUGCCAGGGAGUCGGCCCUCCAUCCAGUGCGACCACAGAGCUGCUUCUAUGAGGAUGGUGGUUAUUGCGAUGUUGAAGUCGCAGCUUAUGGCACAGAUCAUUUUGGUCUGCAUGAUCUGAGAGUUAAUGACAAAACGGAGGAGGCUGAAGUUGCUUCAAAAGAAACGCAAAAUCCUGAAGAGACACCCCAGACUCCGGCCCAGCCCCAGGAGAAGGCCACAGCGGAGGGCCUGGGGGGUGCACAGGCUGUGCCAGCCUGGCCCCUCGCGGGCAUCUCCUGGAGUGGCGAGGACCGCAGGACGCCUGACACGGAGCAGAGCUCGGAGAGCCUGCAGCCCGCGGAGGAGGACAUGGCGUUAAACGAAGUGUUAAAGAAGCUGAAACACACCAACAGAAGACAGCAGGUGCGCAUCCAAGACCUGCAGUGCAGCAAUCUGUAUUUGGAGAAGAAGGUGAGAGAGCUGCAGGUGGAGAUUGCUAAGCAGCAAGGGUUCGUGGACAUCAUCAACAAGCUAAAGGAGAACAUCGAAGAAUUAAUCGAAGACAAAUACAACCUAAUCCUGGAGAAGAAUGAGGCUAACAGGACACUGCAGAAUCUGCAGGAGGUUUUAGCCAACACCCAGAGACAUCUGCAGGAAUCCAGGAAAGAGAGGGAAGUACUACGGCUCGAAGUCAAAAAGCUCAAGGUCAGUUAUAUCCGUCUACAGGAAAGGCACCUCACUGAAAUGCAAGCAAAACACAUCUCCGUAAACCAGGGCACACAGACAGACCAAGAGGAAGGAGCCCAGAAGCCGCCGCAUCCCAGAGGAACGCCGGAGAAGGUUGGCUCCUCUGACCUGGACUUGUUGAAAAGGGAAAAAGAGACUCCAGAACGAGAGUUCUUCUAUUUACAGGAGGAAUUCCAGAAACAUGAGGAGAAAAACCUGGAAGAGAGACAGAAAUUGAAAUCUAGACUUGAGAAAUUGCUGACCCACGUUAAAAAUGUGCAGUUGGUGUGUGGAAGUGAGAGGACUAAGAAUCCAGCGCUCCAGCAGCAGGUGGAGGAAGUGCAAAGAGAAGAUGCCGAAGCUGAGCAGCCAGUGGCAAGCAGCCAGGAGCAGAACCGCAUCCCUGCGCUGCACAUGGCUCAGCUGAAGGAGCAGCUGGAGGACGUGAUGGAGGCGGACACCACCAAGGAUGCAGGAGUGAUGUGUUCUCACGUGAUCCUGCCUCACUCAUCUGCCCAGGAGAGCCUGGAUGCUCCAGACGCCAAGAGGACUCAGCUGGUCCCCCAAAUCCACAGCCUGCUGGCUCUCAUGUUGGGCCUUCUCACGUGUCAGGACUUCGUCAGUCCCCACGCUGACCGUUUGAGAGAGCGCGCGAGAGUGAGCGAUGUGAUGCUGCAGAUACUGAGGAGCUUCCAUCUUAAAAACAAAAGCUUGGAUCAAGAGCUACUGAAACAUAAAGACAAAAUCACCACCUUGAGAGAGAUCAUUGCUAACGAGAAGGCAUUUCAAGAUCAUGCCUUUGAGGUCACGGACCUGGAUCCCAGUGGGGCCGAGCGUGUCAGAGACCUGCCUGUCUUCCUGGGGACCACGCGGGAGAAGCACCACAGCCUCAACAAGGAGCUUGAUUUCUUGAUCACAAGAUUAGGAAACCUUCUGGAGUCGAAAGAAGACCACUGCAGCAGACUCAUGGAAGAAAAUGACAAGUAUCAAAGAUAUUUAGGCAACUUAAUAAAUAAGGUCACGUCGUACGAAGAGAUCAUCCAGUGUGCGGACCAGCGGCUGCAGAGCUCUCGCUCCCAGAUCGCACUCUUGGAAGAGAGAAAUAAACAUUUGGAAGAUUUAGUGAGAAGACCCAGAGAAAGUGCCAGAAAACCAAGAACCACGUGCCGGCAUCGGCGCCGUCACUCUCCUGUCCCCCAUUGCUCCCUCCAUGGAGGGUACACUGUCCCCUUGGACAGCACAGCACCUGUGGCCCGUCCCGACUGUUCUCUGCUGCAAGUCUUGGACUUGACUUUGAAUGUAGGAACGUCUCAUUUUCAUCUUGGUAUCCCUAAGCUCUUGUGUCAUGAAAGAUAGCACAAGGAGUCUUCGAGAUACUCAUGGAAAAUGCAUGAU